AUGGCGGACAGUUGUCGGCCCUUUUUGGAUACGUCCAGGCUGUCCCGACGACGAAAACAGGAGAGCGAAGAGAGGCGAUUGUUUUCGGGAAACAUCACUUGGUCAACACGAAACAUCAAGAUGAUUUCCCGGCCACUGUACGAACUCGGCGGCGACUCGUUCACUGAUGUGGCGACCAGUCUUCUCUACUGGGCUCUCAAGUGGAGCGCUGGCAUCUCAAUAUCGUUGGCACUUCUGCUGGGAGUCUGCGUCUCGGUGGCCCGAUGGAUUCAGCUCAAGACUCUUCGACAACUCCAGCACUUACCUGGAAGGAGAGAGGUUCUGCCAUUUCUGAACGAUUACGCGCUUUUUAAAGCCUGUUCGCAGCAGGAGUCCCCGGCCGCAUUCAACACACUUUUCUUCAAUGCGAUCUCCGGGUUCCACGCUCGCUUCCAGAGGUACGGAAUGCACAGAAUCUACACUGGCUUGUCUCCUCUGAUUAUAGUCUAUCGGGCAGACUACGUGGAGGAAGUACUGAAGAGCAACACCCUGCUGAAGAAAGGAGCUGUGUACGAUAUGCUUCACAGUUGGCUUGGAACCGGCUUGCUAACCGGUACCGGAAAUAAAUGGAGGACACGAAGACGACUUUUCACUCCUGCCUUCCAUUUCCGAAUUCUGGACGAUUUUACGCCUACAAUAAAUGCCCAGUCCAUGAUUCUUGCCGAUACUUUGGGGAAAAUGUCUCUGGAGCACAACGGGGUUGACGUGGUACCGAGGGUAACACUCUGCACCCUGGACAUUGUUUGCGAAACGAUUAUGGGAAGGGUGAUUAACGCUCAAAGCAACCAGGACUCUGAGUAUGUGAAAGCUGUAAACAGGUUAGGCGAGCUUUUCCUGGAAAGAAUUUUGACGCCUUUUGCGAGGGUUGAAAGGAUUUACAAAAUGACAUCUAAUGGAAAAGAAUACCACCGAUGCCUCAACACGUUGCACUCAUUCACAAGGCGGGUGAUCUCCGAAAGAAAAGCGGACAUGAAGGAAGAUUUUAACAGAGGUAUACUGGUUAAUGACGAAAGCGAGGACACUGGACGAAGUACCAAGCUCAAAAAACCUUUUCUUGAUCUUCUUCUAAUUGAGCAUUUCAAGGACAAUAAACAGAUCACCGAGGAAGAUAUCAGGGAAGAAGUCGACACCUUCAUGUUUGAGGGUCACGACACAACUGCUAUGGGAAUCAGCUGGGCGCUAUUCCUGAUAGGCCACAGCCCCGCGGAACAGCAAAAAGUACACGACGAACUAGAUUCUAUUUUCGGAGACGACACAGAGCGCCCUGUAAGCCACGAAGACAUGAAGGAGAUGAGAUACUUGGAAUGUGUUAUUAAGGAGUCGCAGAGAAUUUACCCUUCUGUGCCGCUUUACACAAGGACUGUUGAAGAGCCUUUCCAACUUGCUGGUACGUCACUUCCCAAGGGAACAGCGGUUCAAGUGGCCGCCUACUUUUUGCACCGAGACCCGAAGGUAUUCCCCAAACCCGAGGAGUUUCAGCCAGAGCGAUUCCUUCCCGAGAAUGCGAAAGGAAGGCACCCCUUCGCCUACGUGCCGUUUUCAGCAGGACCUCGCAACUGCAUCGGUCAAAAGUUUGCGAUGUCGGAGGAGAAAAUUGUCCUCGCCAACAUCCUCCGAAAGUACAAGCUCAAGUCUUUGAGUCACAGGGACGAAGUUGGAUUAGUCGCCGAAAUAGUACUCAGACCCAAAAAUGGACUCCGGAUCACGUUUACUCCAAGGGCGACUCCUUAAACCAUCGAAUAAAGCCUUCCACGGAAACAAACAAAUAAACAUACGAUAACAUUUGU